AUGGAUUUAAUAUCACUCCCACCCUGCUCCCGACGCUUGGAACUGACGACGAUGGCGACCGAACAACCGUUGGCCCUGUCGCCAGCGUCCACUUCGGCGAUUAAGAUCUCGACGACGUUUUUAAAGACACCCGUCAAGACGGACCAGGAAAUUCUGCAGAACUCCAUGCUCGAGGAUGACCCGAACUCCAACACCAUCCUAGCCUGUCCCCGCGGCAAGGAAGCGGACGACAGUGGGCGAACGACGGAUGAGAAGCGGCCUCGUUGGGGACCACAGCACAAAGGGGCACAGGAACUAGCGAAGCUGUAUAGUAGUGGAAAACGGACUCAGGAACUCAUCUGCGUUUACAUCUGCAUCACGCUGAUGGUGCUGAAUCUCGGCCUGAUACUGCGGCACUUUCGGCUCGAACGGAUUAGCAAUGUCGUGGUGGCGGCCUUCUUCGGCAUCCUGACGGCCGACUUCGGUUCCGGGUUAGUGCACUGGGGUGCCGACACCUGGGGCUCAGUCGAACUGCCCAUCGUUGGCAAAAAUUUCCUUCGACCAUUCCGAGAGCAUCACAUCGAUCCGACCUCCAUCACCCGGCACGACUUCAUCGAAACGAACGGAGACAACUUUAUGGUGGCGCUGCCAAUUCUCGGCAAGCUGGCGUGGAACUUCUUUACCCGCACGAACGCCGAAAUCCAACAGGACUAUGCCAUCAGUGCUUAUCUGUUCCUGUGCUCGAUUUUCGUAGCCAUGACAAACCAGAUUCACAAAUGGUCCCACACGUACUGGGGUCUCCCGAAGUGGGUUCUGUUUCUGCAAAACCAUCACAUCAUCCUCCCGAGACGUCACCAUCGAAUCCAUCACGUGGCGCCGCACGAAACGUACUUCUGCAUCACGACCGGAUGGCUCAAUUGGCCGUUGGAAAAGAUUAAGUUCUGGUCCACGCUUGAGACUAUAAUUGAACUAUCGACCGGGCAUAAACCGCGCGCGGAUGACCUAAAGUGGGCUCAAAAGCGAACAUGA